CACAUGAAGGGGAGUAUGAGAGAGUUAUUCCUUGAGCGAGUAUUUGUUCGAGAGUGAACUAAACUGAAUUGUAGGCAUCAACACUGCUACUUCUGCAUUCAGGAAGGACUAAUCAGACAACAGGUAUGAAAGCAAAUUGGAGUAAUUAGGAGCGAGCAAAAACAAAGCUACUUUUUUAGAUCUUAUUGGACUGUAUUCAACCUGCCCAUCGCCAUGAUGAUUGUUUCUAGUGGACUAACAUGCCGGAUGUCAUGGCCAAUCGUCGUUUGUCUCCUCGCUUGUGCUCUUAAUGCAGCAGGUCUACAACUAGCUACACAGGCCAGACAGGACCUCACGAGCCCAGAAGGUACCAAAAACUUUGAAAUGACCUGCCCCGUAUCAGGGGUCAUGGGUCAAGUUUACUACAGAUGGCAAUACUCACCGGCAAUGCAUCUUACACCUGGAAAUGAGAUUGUCCAAUCAGCUCAACAUACUAUACGAUCGGAUUCCUUAAUCAUCAGUGAAGUUACAAAGACAGACGCUGGUUUCUACACGGCCAGUGUUACUGAUAAUUCUAGAAGAAUUGUCAGGUGUAUGUUUCAACUAACUGUAGGAUAUGGCCCAGAAUUAGUUGAUGUUGUUCCAACGACGGUCACAGCCAAUUUCUCUCGUCCAUUCAUCUUGACCUGUCCAGUAAGAGGUGUUCCCUUGCCCCAUGUUAUAUGGAGGAAGAAUGGGCGCACAUUGGCACCCUCAGCCAAUGUCCAAUUCGAUGGUCUCGAUAUUAGUUUUGCAUCCGUCUCUGACUCUGAUAGAGGUCAAUACCAAUGCUCGGCAACCAAUCCUUUUGGAACGGUCACCAGUCCAGUUACUAUAAUCAACAUCCAAUGGCCGUUGAGGUUCGUAGAGAUUCCUCCAUCAGUAUUGGAUAUGGCAGAAGGACAGAAUAUCUCGGUGCAAUGCAACGUGACGGGCUUCCCUCACGCAAGGAUACUGUGGUACAAGAUAAAUGGAUCGGAUAGCGAGCAGAUUUCAAAUUCAUCGCAUACGGUCAUCACUAACAUGUACUCAGAAAGGGUAUCCUGGUCAAGACUUGAUAUUGACGCCCUCAACGUUAGUGAUAACGGGAUGUAUCGAUGUGAGGCAACCAAUGUCAAUCAACAAAUCAGCACAAACUUUGAUCUUGUAGUACACGCCCCACCGAGAAUAACUUCUGUACAUCCUGCGAUCAGAACUGUUCACGUGGGAAUGGAAAUUGUCUUUGAAUGCUCGGCCACAGGGUUUCCUGCACCAAAAUUUACUUGGUUUAUGAAUGGAAGAGCCAUACCACGUAUUGGCAAUACACAUUUCCAUGAAGGUUGGGAUGGAAUCCUUAGAAUUGACAGAGUAAUAGAAGCUGAUGCAGGCAACUACACUUGUCAAGCUUUUAAUGAUAUUGGAUAUGAAUACAGUGAUACAACAAGACUAGAUGUAUUCGGUAUCUACUUCAGGGAAAGAGCGCCACCUCUAGUCGCAGUAGAAAAAGGCAACUCGACAGAGCUUGUGUGUGAUGUUGGCGGUGCCGAUUAUGGUGUUCAAAUUGAAUGGUUUAAAAAUAGAACACCGAUUCGAUCCCAGUGUACACCACGUCAAGCUGAUAGUUUGCCAAAAUGCAAGUACAUGAUAAUGAACAACACUCUUACUAUUCUGAGGGUUAGUCAGCGUGAUUUAGGUACUUACAUUUGUCGAGCUACGGAGCAGGGAAAGGCUGAUCCCGAUGUUAUAGAAGCAGAAACAAACGUGGUAUUUGCAGCUCCCGUUGUUAUUUACCCAAGAUUAAAAGAUGUUCACACCGGGGAUGCAGGCCAACCCUUAACGAUAGAAUGUACAGCAAAGGGAAGUCCGCCCCCUACUGUUGAGUGGCUAUACAGGGGACUUCAUUUGCUCAACGACUCGCACAGAUCUAUCUCGGGCGGGACUAUCAAGUUUCGACGGCUGAUUGCAAGGGAUAGCGGCCAUUACCUGUGCGUAGCGAGCAAUAACAUCACAGAAGCCAGGCAAGAUAUCCGAAUCAAGGUCAAUAGUGCACCACCAAUGUUAAAUCUCAACCUUAAGUACUCUGGUCGAACAGUGACAUUGGACUGGAACGUUGUUGGUAAUGGUGGCUAUCCUGUGACGAGUUUCAAAUACGAAUACAGAAUGAUAUCACCAAAGAAGGGCAAAUGGUCCAGAGACAAGCUCCCUCCGAACAUGAGAUCGCACACAAUCAAAGGGCUGAGAUCUAACGCUACCUAUGAGCUAAAGAUGUGGGCAAGCAACAAACUUGGUCAGGGAACUAUUCUAAGACAGGUGUUUUCAACCGACUCGUUUGGUGAAAGUGGUCUCAGUAACAUCUUCGCCGGUCUAUCCGAGGAUAACCUAAGAUUGAUCUAUAUCGGGGCGGGUGUGGCUGGUGGUCUGUUUCUUCUCAUCCUGGUGGUGGUCUUUGCUAUCGCUUGCAAACGUAAACCAGAUCCAGCAGGAAUCAGAAGUGAGUCAAUUGGCAAUGCGGUCCCCAGGGUUACAAUCCAAUACAAAUCUUUCCCAAGUUUUCGCCAGACAGAACGAGCAGAUGGUAUAGAAGAUGGCGAAGCUCUGGUCGACGGCUUCCAGGAGUCCCCGUCCCACAUCAAUCCAGCUUACGGUGGAUCGGACAAUAUUACAAGCGAGAAUCUUGAACUACAGGAUGUAAAUCCCUCCGAUGGCAACGGAAUCACGGAUAAAAAUGGCAAACCUAUCGGCGGUACUUCCGACGCCAACGGAACGGCAAAUGACUCUGGUUUAUAAUCCUGAUAAUAAUUAAUAAAAUCUAAGC